AUGCCUCCGCCGACCAAAGCCUUUCGUGGCUCCUCUCUCUACUCUGGCAUCUUUGAUACCCCGGAACGACCCCAGGAAUCGCAUCAGGAUAAGCAUGUUACCCCAGCGUCUGCGUCUGCCCAAGAACAAGCCAAAAGCGCAUCCUCCUCCAGCUUGAACAAGUCCGCGGAUUCAUCCUCUGCUGCUACCGCUACUGCCACUGCUCCUGCUACUGCUGCUGCUUCUACCGAUGCAGCUGGUUCGUCAAAGUCUUCAGGCUGGUCUGCAGCGCUUCGUUUUGCUCCACGUCGUACAGCGGCCGUUGCAAAGUCAAAAGCGAGACCUACAGCCGCUUUCGUAGCGUCGUUUGCUCCAGCAACAGCAGCUGGUACGGACGUAGCUAAGCCGCCGAUCGGUGCACUCAGCCGAGCUCCUGGCGUAGCUCCCAAGUCAUCCUCCCUUACAGCUUCCGAAUCUGUCGCUGAUUCCGCUCAGGCGACAAGCUCUGCCAACGUGGACGGCGGAGCUUCGUCUGCACAAACGAAUCAGGCUUCGAGCAGAACGCGGAUCGGCGUGGAUACGUCGGAUCUCAACCUCACCGCUCUCGCUCUGCCCCAUGCGGACACGGAUGAUGCAAGGCUCAUCUCUCAGCUCGAAAGAUAUGUGGUCACUGAAGCACCACCGUUCACACUUGCGCCUGAGGAUAUCGAACGCGACAAAGACUGGGCACGAAAAGCUGCUGCAGCUCGCGGCGAAACGCGCCGCUAUAGCCACAAUGAUGACUUUGAAGGUGGUGACGAGGAUGAUGCGGACGUCAACGGAUUCUUUUCCACCGGUGCAGGCAAGAGAGCUGCCAAGAAAAAGAAAAAGCGCAAGAGGGGCACAUCUCCUUCAGCUGGACCUAGCAUGAACGCUGAAUACGAUCCGCGCAUUCCGAACGACUACAUAGCGUACAAGCAGCUAGUCUUUGAACGCCGUCGUGCUGAGCUCGAUUUCAGGCAAUGGCAACGCGAACAAGAAGAACGAGGAUAUACCGAUGAGCAAGAUGAGGCGUGGGAGGAGGACCAAGAAAAAUUGCACGCUGUCACGCAGCAAGAUGGAGCGAGGCUACAAGUUGAGUCGAGCGAUGGUGUGAGAGAAAGCUCAGCACCGCAAGCUAUGACAAUGCAGAUAUCGAGUGGUGAAGAGGCGCACGCUCGUCGGGUCGACACGUCGAGUGCGGUUUCUUCCGCUGCUGUUGAUGUCACAUCAACGCCAUCGACUGGCGAGGAAGCGUAUCAGCGAAGGGUGGCAAUGACCAAUGCAGCUACGGGCGAAGAGGCAUACCUCCGAAGGCUUGCUAUGUCUCAGGCUUCACCUCCUGGUCCGCCACCCGGUCCACCACCUGGUCCACCACCAACUCAGCGUGCUCCCGCAUCCAGUCCUGAUUCGCGUCAAUCAGCAGCAGCAGCAGCCAUCGCUGCACGUCUCACUUGCGUUCAGCCAUCCACGUCUGCCAAGCCAUUCUCUGAGCCCACACAAGCUUGUUCCGACCCUACGACCUUCGCCUCGCGCCUAAUGGCAUCGCACGGCUACGUUCCCGGCACAGGCCUGGGCACUUCUGCAAAGGGAAUCGUUGAGCCGCUCAGCGUUUCAUCCUCACACGGUCGUGGCUUGAUCAUCAGCGCUUCGUCCGCAGCGCUUGUUCAAGCCGAAGCGGAACAAUACGGUAGUGCGCAAGCUUCGCCCGUUAUUGUGCUGCUCAAUAUGGCGUCGGCACAGGAUCUGGUGGGAGAUUCGUAUCAAGACCUCGUACAGGACGUCACGGAAGAAUGCUCCAAGUUCGGCUACGUACAACGUGUGCUGGCUCACGUUUCAACAGACGACCAGGUAAGGGUCUUUGUACAGUUCACAGGCCCCGCAGCAAGUUGGAAAGCGGUCAGAAAUCUUCACGGUCGCUGGUUCCAGGGCAAACAGGUACACGCAAUGUACUACAACGCUCAAGCUUUCCAUCAGGCCAGCUUCGAUUUGGCCUUGUUCCGCACCCCUACGUGA